CGGAGGGACAGGCGCUUGCGGGGAGCUUGCGAGGAAGAGGGGGCUCCCCGCACACUGUGCCUCCCCUUCUCUCAUCCCUUCCCCAAUCCCUCCAAGAUCUCCACAACAUCCCAGAGAAGCAGGAGCGAGGCGAGCGAGGAGGAAGAGCGCGUGGGAUGGGGCGCCUUGAAGGGAAGCCCCUGGGAUGAGCGCGCCAGGAGAAGCCUGCGCCCCAAACUUGGAAACGGGGGAGAACUUCCUCGCGCUGCCUUUUCCCGGGUUCCUAGGACGGACAUGGAAUUGGGAAGCCCUCCUGUUCCUCCUCCUGUUCCUCCGGCUCUCUGGGAAAUGUUGUUGCGUGCCUUCUGGAGAGCCCAUCCCGGGUGUUUGCGAGGCUGAGAGGGGGCCCAAGGGGAAGCAGAUCUUCCAAGGAAAGGAGCCCAGACUCUUCCAUCAACUUCCCCGCCAGGAAACCCCGAGGAGUUCUCCACCCGAGUGGCUGGGAAGUUCAUCUUUAGGGGACUCUCGUUUCCCCCCUUCUGGGAAGUUCUUUCGGAGGAGCCCCCCGGUGGCGCAGUGGGUUAAACCCAUGUGCCAUCAGGACUGAAGACCGACAGGAGAGAGCGCGGGUGAGCUCCCUCUGUCAGCUCCAGCUCCCAAUGCUUGGACAUGAGAGAAGCCUCCCACGAGGAUGGUAAAACGUCCAAAACAUCCGGGUGUCCCCUGGGCAACGUCCUUGCAGACAGCCAAUUCUCUCCCACCAGAAGCGACUUGCAGUUUCUCAAGUCCCUCCUGACACGGAAAAAAAGGAUUCUUGUGCGCGUCCCUAACCUUUUUGCCUCCGGGCUUCCCUUGGCCUCUCUUGACCCUUCGUUUGGCUUCUCCUGGGAGCGCCAGGCAUGGAGGAGGCCGGCUCCUUGCAGAAGAACAACACCGCUGGUGGGGAGCAAGGAGAGGACCUCUACCCCAUUUGGGCGGUGACUUUCCUGGCCCUGGUCCUCAUCAUCACCACCGCCGUGGACGUCCUGGGCAACCUCCUGGUCAUCCUCUCCGUCUACAAGAACAAGAAGCUGAGGAAAGCAGGCAAUGCCUUUGUGGUCAGCCUGGCCGUUGCAGACUUGCUGGUGGCACUGUAUCCCUACCCGCUGGCCCUUAUUGCCAUUUUCCAUAAUGAUUGGGUUAUGGGCUACCUCCACUGUCAGGUGAGUGGCUUCCUGAUGGGCAUGAGCGUUAUAGGUUCCAUCUUCAACAUCACUGGCAUUGCCAUCAACCGCUACUGCUACAUCUGCCACAGUCUGAAGUACGACAGGCUCUUCUCCAUCAACAACACACUUUGUUAUGUGGGCCUUGUUUGGGCUCUUACCUUGCUGGCCAUCAUGCCAAACCUCUUUGUGGACUCCCUGAAAUAUGACCCCCGGGUGUAUUCUUGCACUUUUGCCCAGUCCGUCAGCUCACUCUACACCAUUAUGGUGGUGGUUGUCCAUUUCUUCUUGCCCAUCACUAUCGUCAGCUACUGUUAUCUCAGGAUCUGGAUCCUGGUGCUCCAGGUGCGGCGGCGAGUCAAGCCAGAUGUCCGUCCCAGAAUCAAACCUCACGAUUUCCGGAACUUCCUGACCAUGUUUAUGGUCUUUGUCCUCUUUGCUGUCUGCUGGGCUCCACUCAACUUCAUUGGCUUUCUGGUGGCACUGAAGCCAGCGUUGGAUUCCUCCAUACCAGCGUGGCUCUUCACAGCCAGCUACUUCAUGGCAUACUUCAACAGCUGCUUGAAUGCUGUGAUUUAUGGAGCACUGAAUCACAACUUUAGGAAGGAAUACAAGAGAAUCAUUCUGACUCUAUGCCAGCUGGCUUGUAGAGCAGACUAAAAGAAAUCCACUGAAUUCAAGCAGAAUUUGAUCUCAAAGCUGGAUAAAGCUUACAUGAGUCCUUCUGUGACCACAGGAAAGUAACUGAGAACAUAAUUCUACAUAACAGAGCAUUUGAUGGUGUGCUCUCUGAGUGCAGUGAGGAUUGAGAGUUGUACUUCAGGACAUAACUGGCAUAGCAAAUCCUGACUUCUUAUCAGUGAAAUCAUGUUGGUAACUGACAGAGCUAAGCCAAGUAAAUUGUAGCACAUAAUGCAUUAUUUAUUCCAUGAACUGCUUUCCAGGCUCUUGUGGAUUUUUGAGCUUGUUUUCUACAGUACCACUAAGUCUGAGAUUGCUUCUCAGAAGGUUUCUGAUACUCACCAAAUAGGUUUUGUUAAAUGUAGGGAUUGUGGCAAGGAUAACCAAUCAGUGCAUAUGUGAGUUCUCUCUCU